AUGAAAUUAAUUAAAACGACAGUGUUUGAAGUAACUAAUCUCAUGACUGACUGGCAGGACCUGAAGAAAAAUGAAGGAUUACUUGCAGUGCAGGAAAGUCAUUUUCAUGGCACUGAAGGCUGGAAAAAGAAAAAGAAGCGAAUUUAUGCAAAAAUGAGAGCAGUUGGACGAGUUAAUUGGGCGCUAAGUAUGGCGAGGACACUUCUUUCGAUGAUUCAAGUAUUCCGCUUUAGUGGACCAUAG